CACGUCGCCGCCGGCCGGUACUCGCCGAGCUUCCCCGGCCCUCCUGCUCUAAAGCCCAGCUCCUCUGCUGCUCGCCCGCGGGAGAGACGGAGGCUCACCCGGCAGCUGUCCGCCGCCGCCAGAAAAAAGCAGGAUCUGACUAUCCAGAUGAUCAGCCAGAAUAUUUGUGAUUUUGGAGGUACAGGAGCCCAACCAUGCAAGUCUGGAAUGUUUCAGUAUCUACAGAGAAUGUGACUUCCAGUGCUUUACGGCCGUAGCAGAGCAUUAAAUGAUCUUAGAGGAAGCAAGCAUUAAGUGAUUUCCGCACAGCUGGUCAGAAAAGCAGUUGUCUGCCUUCUCAGUGCAGCAUGGCAUUUGGUCUUGGUGCUUUUUGCCUGCUACUAUGGGCAAUAACAGGUUCCCAUUGUGAGCAGUGCAGAGAAGGAGCCACGUAUUCAAGUGCAGUAAUAUCUCCCAACUUAGAAACCACUAAAAUUUUGCGAGUCCCUCAUGCUACAUCAGUGUCUGAAUGCAUCACGGCGUGCUGUGACCUCUCUGGUUGUGACUUGUCGUGGAUGUUUGAACGGCGCUGUUACAUUGUGAACUGCCAGCGCAAAGAGAACUGUGAACCUAAAACAAUUGAGACGGUAAAGUCCUAUCUAACAUUUGUGCUGAGACCUUCUCAGAGGCCAGCCUCACUGCUGGGAUUUGGGCAGGUGAUCCCAAGCAUGGUGCAUUCUGUGGGACGUCAGAAUGAGCCAUCUGAGGAAGUGUCUUUUCUUGGCAAAGAACUCAGCCUUGAGGAGAUACCUGAAUACAUAGAUGAUUAUAAAGAUUUGGAGCAGGACCCCUUUCAAGUGAGCCUCAAACAUGAACAGAAGGAGAGCACGGAUUAUGCUGACUGGGGCCUGAUGGUAGCAGGUGAAAAUGGCUUCAACACUUCAGUCAGCGACAAUGGAGAUAACCAGGAAGAGGAAGCUGGAAAGGUCAAAAGCCUUCUAAGUAAAAACACAUCUGAAUUGAGCUCUGUCAGUGAACACUCCACAGAGAGGUUGUCUUCUCUCCCAGAGAUUACACCGUUCCCUGGGAAGACAUAUGAAAGCAGAGCAGCUGUUGAGAUGCUUAUGCAGCCUGCCAAUGCUUUGCAAGAAAAGGUUCCUUCUUAUUCCCCUCCAUCAGACAAACUGGAAUUCUCCCUAGAUGUGUCAGACAAAGCCCAGACUCCUACAAUGGCACCAGACAAUGUGACUGAACAUGGAAUCAUGCUGCUUCCCAGUAAUACUGUGCCAUCUAAACCCCUGCAGCAAUUUACACCUACUGCUGCCAAAGCAGAUACAGUAAAAGAACUUACUGUGUCUGCUGGAGAUAACAUACAAGUGAUGCUACCCAAAAAUGAGGUUGAACUGAAUGCUUUUGUUGACCCACCACCACCAACAGAAACAUCCUACAACUAUGAAUGGAGAUUAAUUAGUCACCCUGCUGACUAUGGUGGUGAAAUAGAGCGCAGGUACACCCGGACACUGAAGCUCUCUCAUCUGUCGGUGGGACUUUACGCCUUCAAAGUGACAGUUUCUGGUGAAAAUGCCUUUGGCGAAGGUUUUGUAAAUGUCACUGUCAAACCAGCAAUCAGAAUUAACCAGCCACCUGUUGCUGUUGCUUCGCCCAAAGUACAAGAAGUUUCUUUGCCUACAACUUCUACCUUCAUUGAUGGCAGUCAAAGUACAGAUGAUAUAAAGAUCGUGAGUUACCACUGGGAAGAAAUUAAAGGUCCUUUGCGGGAGCAGAAAGCAUCUGCUGACACACCUGUCUUGCACUUGUCUAACCUUGUUCUUGGAAAUUACACUUUCAGACUCACAGUGAUUGAUUCAGAUGGAGCAGCCAACUCCACAAUUGCGUCUCUGAGUGUCAACAAACCAGUGGAUUACCCACCUAUUGCAAAUGCAGGACCUAAUCAGGCAGUCACUUUGCCCCAGAACUUCAUCACGUUGAAUGGAAACCAGAGCAGUGAUGACCAUGAGAUUGUCAGCUAUGAGUGGUCACUCAGUCCCAGAAGCAAAGACAAGGUUGUAGCAAUGCAGGGAGUGCGGACUCCAUACCUCCAGCUAUCUGCAAUGCAGGAAGGAGAUUAUACCUUUCAGCUCACAGUCACGGAUUCAGCAAGGCAGCAGUCCACUGCUGAGGUCACUCUGAUAGUACAGCCUGAAAACAACAGCCCUCCAGUAGCAGUGGCUGGCCCUGACAAGGAAUUGACGUUCCCAGUAGAAAGUACUACACUGGAUGGAAGCAGAAGCCAAGAUGACCAAGGCAUUGUCCUCUAUCAUUGGGAAAAUAUCAGUGGGCCAAGCUACGUGCAGAUGGAAAAUGGUGACAAAGCUGUAGCAACUGUGUCUGGUCUUCAGGUUGGCACCUAUCGCUUCAGACUGACAGUUAAAGACCAGCAGGGGUUAAGCAGUGCAUGUAUGCUGUCUAUUACUGUGAAGGAAGAAAACAACAGUCCACCCCGGGCACAUGCUGGUGGGAAGCAUGUUCUGGUGCUUCCCAAUAACUCUGUUACCUUGGAUGGCUCAAGAUCUGCUGAUGACCAGGGGAUUGUGUCUUAUCUGUGGAUUCGGGAUGGUCAAAGCCCGGCAGCUGGGGAUGUGAUCCAUGGCUCAGACCAUGAAGCAGUAUUGCAGCUAACUAAUCUGGUGGAAGGAAUCUAUAUCUUUCACUUGAAAGUGACAGAUGCCAAAGGAGAUUCAGAUAUUGACUCUGCUACUGUUGAAGUGCGGCCUGAUCCCAAAAAGAGUGGUCUGGUGGAGCUGAUUCUGCAAGUUGAGGUGGGACAGCUGAGUGAACAGCAGAAGGACACACUGGUGAGACAACUAGCUGUAUUGCUGAAUGUCUUGGAUUCAGAUAUCAAAGUUCAGAAGAUACAAGCAUUCUCAGAUAUAAGCACUGCAGUUGUGUUUUACGUGCAGAACGGGCAUCCUUCCAAGGUGAUCAAGGCAUCGGAUGUGUCUCGAACUCUGCAUGUGCAGCUUCUGAAAGAGAAGGCUGACUUUCUGCUUUUUAAAGUCCUGCGAGUUGACACAGCAGCAUGUCUUUUAAAAUGCUCUGGGCAUGGACAUUGUGAUCCUUUAACGAAGCGCUGUAUUUGCUACCAGCUGUGGAUGGAAAACUUAAUUAAUCGUUAUCUAAAUGAUGGCGAGAGUAACUGUGAGUGGAGUAUACUCUAUGUGACUCUGUCUGCUUUCAUUACAAUUGUGGUCUUGAUAGGGCUUGCCUGGUUCUGCAUCUGCUGCUGUAAAAGCAGAAAGAGGACUAAGAUAAGAAAGAAAACAAAAUAUACCAUCCUAGAUAAUAUAGAUGAGCAGGAGAGAAUGGAGCUACGACCCAAAUAUGGCAUAAAACACAGAAGUACAGAACACAACUCCAGCCUGAUGGUUUCUGAAUCAGAGUUUGACAGUGAUCAGGACACUAUCUUCAGCCGAGAAAGGAUUGAAAGAGAGAAUCCUAAAACCCUUAUGAAUGGAUCAAUCAGAAAUGGUGUUUCCUUCAACUACAGCUCCAAAGACAGAUAACUGAAUUGAGGGUAAAAGCACACUGGCUCAACGCAUCUAAAACAUGUUGACUAACCUCUGAUUUUCUAAAUCAAAAACUUCCUAAAGUAUCAAUUAAUUGCAGGUGAAAGGAUAAAUUUCAAUAACAGUGGGAAGAAAGGGAGAAGAAAAUAUAUAGUCAGCUAACUCCUAUCACUACUGCUAUAGAGACGUGGAAAAACACAUCAUAUUUCCUGCAUGUUCCAUGCUGAUGUUUAUCCGAAAUUCAGAAGGCCAUUUUUCUUGCAUUGUACUACAAAAUUAGCCAGGGUCAUUAUGCUACUAACAAUAGAUGGUAAUUGAGAUACAUACAAAUUCAUGUCCUGUACUCCUGUCUUUUUCUCAGAGGAGCCAUGUGAUUAUGAAACUGAGUUAAAACAGCAAAAACCAAUAUGCAGUAUUUCCGUUACUGCUGUGGAGAGCAAUAUGUUACUGCAGGCUCCAUUGUCAGUUAAGGUCAGGAACACAGAGAGGGAACAUUUGUCAUGCAUUGUGUUUUUCUGACUGUGCUUUGUGACUGCCUUUUCUAGUGUAGUGAUCAUCAGCUGGAAAUACCUUUGCUUUUAAAGGAAGUUUACAAUUUUCUAGUUGCACUUAGCUGUAAAGUGAUGUGAUGCAUCUUUGUGUUGUAGGAUGCAAUGUUCUCUGUGUUUACAUGUGUAUGGUGGCUCAGUGUGGUGUCUGCAGGGAAGUCCAACCUGAGGUUGCUUCUGUAAAGACAAAGGCAUUUCUGUUUUUCCUUGGGUUUGUUAGGCUUUAAAGCCAUGUCCCCAGUACUGUUCUUGAAAUCACACUUGGAAUGUCUGGCUUUUGUACACAAGCCUCACUUGUGGAGGCAUAGGAAUCUGUGGCACUGUCUGGCAAUGAUGCCAGUCUUUCCUACGGGUUCUUUGCUGACAUGUUGGAAGCCUUGGCUGAGCUAGAAAAAUGGUAUGUUGUAAUGCAGUCCUUGGCAGCACUUUGGACAGGCUUUGUUUUUCUGCUUGGUGUUUUUUUGUGUGUUGGUUGGUUGGUAGUUGUUUUUUUGGGAGUUGGACUCGAUGAUCUCUAAAGGUCUCUUUCAACCCCUACAAUUCUGUGAUUCUGUGAUUUAUUUUAAUCUGAUGGUGGAAAAUCCAUUAAUGUAGAGGGGUAGAACAGCGUAGAGAUCAUGAGGGGCAGAUCAGAAGGGGCACAGAGAGAACAUACCUCACCCCUAUAACGAAGAAUAACGUGAUGGAGAAUUUCUGGAGCUUUCUCUACUCUUUCAUAGAAUUCUGACACAAAAGAUUGGUUGGGUUGAACACUGGCUUUUGUGCACCUCUUGUUAAUGGAAUUGAGCAAAAGUAAGAGGAACUAGCUAGGCUGAAAGGAAUCAGCAGACAAAAAGUGCAGCAACAUGGCACGCUCAUGAUUUGAAUCCUCCCGUGAUUGCAUGGUCUCAUGCAUUUGACUUCUUGUUUUUAUAGCAAAAGCCUGUGACGUUAGUAGUACCAUGCUGAGGACCUGUGCCCAUCCCUGCAUUUCUGUGGAGACCUGAGUGUGGUCUCAGGUAUUAUAGAGGAUAGGCAGAGAUGGGCUAAAAAGGGUUAAUGCAAGUUUUUUUCUGUGUUUUUCCCAUUUCCUCCAACAGAUGGAAAAUCAGUUGUCUGAUUUGCUUUCUUUAGAAGCCAAGUUUUAACUGUAUAUGGAUUUUAGGAUAUUUAUUGAAAUGAAUCUACUUUCUCAUCCUUCCCCUUCUGGAGUGUUUAUAUUAAAUCAGUCAUAUUAUCGUAGAAUGGCUUGAGUUGGUAGGAACCUUAAAAAUGAUCUAGUUUCAAUCCUCCUUACCAUGUGCAAGCUUCACACCCACUAAACUAGAUCCUAGAUAAGGCUGCCCAUUCAACACCAUUCAACCUGGCCUUGAACACCUCCAGGGCUGGAGCAACAUGUUCCAAACCUCAUCAUCCUCUGAGGGAAAAUUUUCCAUCUAGUAUCUAAUGUAAAUCUCCUCUCCUUUAGUUUAAAAUCAUUCCAUCUUGUCCUUCACUGUCAGACUGUGUAAAGUGUCUGUCUCCCUCCUGAUCAUAAAUUCCUUUAAGUACUGGAAGACCACAACGAGGUCUCACAGUGGACUUGCUCAAACAACUUUGUGUCUUUCUUGUGCUGGUGUCAUCAUACCUGGAUACAGUACUCCAGAUGAGACCUCACAAGGGCAUAGUAGAGGGGAACAAUCACGUCCUUUGCCCUGCUGGCUACCCCUCUUUUGAUGUAGGAUACAGUUGGCCCUGCAGACUGCAGGCACACGCUGUCGGCUCAACACAUUUUGUCCACUUUUUGUCCACCAGGACACUCACACCCUUCUCCACAGGGCUGCUCUCAGUGUGCUGUUCUCCCAGUGUGCCCUGACAGAGGUGCAACACCGUGCACUUGGCCUUGUUGAACUUCAUUAAGUGCAUGUGGGCUUAUAUGGGCUCAUGUGGGUUAUAUCCAGUUUGUCAUUCACCAGCCUCCCAUCCUCUGCAAGGCUGUUCUCAAUCAGUUCUUUGCCCAGUCUGUACUACAUCAGGGAAUAUCCCGAACCAGAUGCAGGGUCUUGCACUUGACCUUGUGCAACUCUAUGAGGUUCGUAUGGGCCCACUUUGCAAGUAGGCCAUUGUCACCUUUACAGAGAUUGCCCAAUGUGAACCUCAUGGAGUUUUCUCUUCUUGGCAUUCUUUGUAUCAAAUGCAUAACUCGGCUUCAUGUUAUCCCCAGAAUGCUGAGAGUGCACUCAGUCCCAUUAACAGUGAUAUUGAACAGCACUGUCUGAGGUAUGGACCCUUGAGAGACACUGUGCAUUUCUGGUUUCCACACAUUGAGCUGUUGGUUGUUAACUGUCAGUGUGGUCAUCCAGCCAGUUCCUAAUCCAUCUAAUAGUUUAUCUCUCCAGUUUAGAGGUAAGAACAUUUUGAGAUACUGUUGUCAUUGAUGUUACAGAAUUCUAGGUAGAUUAUAUCAGUUGGUUUUCUGUUGUCUUCUGAUGUCUGCUCAGUUGUAGAAGGUCAAUGUAUUAAUCAAACACAUUUUGCCUUUGGUGAUGCCAUGCUGACUGUCUCUAAACGCCUCCCUGUCUUCCAUGUGCUUUCAUGUAAUUUCCAGGAUAAUUUAUUCCAUCUGAUUUUAUCAGGCAAGUAGAGACAAGUAGGACAUUGCUUUGCCUUAAGGCAGGACUGUCUCUUUGCCUGGUACACAAUACCAAUCUCCAGCUCACAUUCCCAGAUACUGUGCCUGUUGAACUCCUUUUGUAGUGUAGCUACUUAUUGGAAGAGUUCUGUCAGCUGUUCACACUUGUAUAGCUGUGAUAUCUACCCACUACUGCUUCAUGUACUAGAGCAACUCCUAUAUAGCAGGGCUCCAUGCAUCACAAGGUCUGGACAGGUAUUUUAGUCCCUGGGAGAUCUGUUUGGAUGGAGAUGGAAGCACUACAGUCUACCUGUGCUGAUAUUUGUGUUUCAGCUGCAGCCUUACUGUGCUUUUCUUUCAGUAGGUCACAGUCCUGUAUACAAGUUCAAACUUUUAAUGAGACGUUUCUUCCAUUUUCUUUAGUAACAUUUUCACAAGCUGAAGGCCAUCAAUUUCUUCCAUUCCAACAUCCUUCUUUGUGUUUCUUCUGUAGGAACUGGGAACCUGAAUACUUGGCUGCAGUAGAUUUGAUCUCCCUGUCAGAUGCUGAGGUCCAGGGCUUCAUACUACAUACAGGCCUCUCACAUACUACAGGAAUGCAUUCUUCUUACAGUAAGAAGACUCAGCAGGACAAAUCUCAGCCAGUCCUUAGUAUUGUGCUGUAUAUUGUCGCUCUCCAGCUUUUUCUUCCACAGCAUCUUUCCAUUACUGCUUUUGCUAAGUCUCUGUAGUGUGCCUUUAUCAGUGAACUUACUGUUUAGUACAUGUCAGUGCAGUCAGCACCCUUCAAUUUUGUCAAGUCUGUCACUUGGGUGUUCGGGGGUUUAUUUUACAUUUUUCAAGCCUGGUGCUGAAGGGUAGCAGAUGGUUCUUUCAAGUACUCUUGUAAAACAGCUAAUCAGAAACCUGUUCUUGUCAAUGCUACAGAAUUCCCUGGGCUGUUUCUCCCCCACACUCACUUGCUGUGGGUGCUAACCUUGAGAUCAGUGGCAAGCCUUGCACCAUGAGAUCAUCUGCAUGAUUUGGCUAAAUAUUUCUCCCUAUAACAAGUAGGAAACUGGUCUAAUGCUUCUUAUUGCCCAAACCUUCCCAAGUGGAAGAUGCUUACAGAAUUCUGUCCCCUAGGUAACACUUUGACAUCUUUAUUGUAUUUUAUUUGCAUUUUGAAAGCUGAUUUUUCAAGAAGCUUCUAAUUCUAAUGGUGUAAUUGUUCCAUAUCCUUGGAAGAAGAAGUAAUUCUUCGUUCACAGUACGAAGCUUGCUAUUAAUACAAACCUGCACCAAGAUUUUAAACUAACAUUUCUGACUCUGCAAAUUUGUGAUAUCACAUGUAUCAUUUGCUCAAGCACAAUUUUGUUGGGAAAUAAGAAGUGAAUAUAGCAAGGCUUUUAUUUCAAUUCAGUCACAUUUUUAUUUCUAGAAAAACUGCUUUACUGGUGCACGUGAGGUGGAAUGAAAGAGAAGAAAUGCAAACUGUUAAGGUGUAAACACAGUGGCUCAGUUUAGGACUGCUGCUAGCCUUCUGAUUUGGAUUAUCAAUUACAUUUGGGUUGGAAGCAAGUGCACAGUCCUCACGUUUACUCCCACACAGCUUUCCUCUGUACACAGAAAGCGUAUGGCAGCUUCUUUCUGAAAUAGGGAUGGAGGCUUUCCCAGCAGUCUUCUCUGCUCUUCUGAGAGACAGCUUGCCACAUACAGCUCUAAGUCCAUUGGAAAGAAAUUCCCAGCUUGGCACUGGUAAGAUGCUCUCUUGGAACACAAACAGUGUGCCAACACUUGGAAUUCAUCAUAGCUUUGGUGCAAGUUUUGGAUUCUCACUUUCAUCUUGGUUCUACAUUUAUAGAUGCUGGCUGAUAGAUGCACAAGUAGAGGUUAUCUAGCUGUGUAAAAGGGCUGCCUCUGCUGCAUUUUAAGUAGGGAAUAUAUUUAGAAUAACUUCCUUGCCAUUACCAUCUGAUGCAGUAAAGAGAUUCAAGUAUUCAAUGUUGUCAUACUGCAAAUAAUACUCUGUGUUUAUAAUAAAACACUGCUGUAGUACAAACUGAAAUUUACCUGGGCAAGUCUGCUGUGAUAUACAUCCAAAGCAUCUGUUUGUCCUGUGGUUCAGCCUUUCAUUCACAAAAAAAAAAAUGUGAACAGUCUAAUCAUAGAGGAGUUUAUUUGCAGAGGGGGAAAAAAAGGAUAUUAUUGUUUCAUUUGUAAGAAUUCACUUACAGCUACAUCCUUCUGGGUAAACAAGAUGAGCAGUCUCCUCUGCCAGACCUAUCACAUACAGCUCCUUUUCAAGCACCUGUUUUUUCUGCUGUCAGAUGUGGUUGCUUAUAUACUUGUGGUUUUUUCUUAGUUUAUUGUGGCAAACAAAAUUAAGUGCAAACAUGUAAGGAAGUUCGCUGUGCCAAAAACAGAAAUUCUCAAUGCUGAGUUUGAACUUUACUUCAACAGUUCUAAUAUUCAUGAAAUAAUUUCCUUGGGCAAAUUUCCUACCCUUCUUUUAGGCCACAUAAAACUAGUUUUGUACCUCAGUGUACUGGUAGUAGGCUCUUGUCAGCUGGAGUUUUGGGAUGGCAGUAAUGAAACAACAAGUAUUGGUCUUCUGAGCCAUUUUUGUAAUGAUUGAGAAAGGAAAACAUUUCUCUAGAAGGAAGAAAAGCUAAAAGUGAAUUGCUAAAAGUGAAUUAGUUUGUUUUUUUUUUUUUAACAUCAGCUAUUGCUUAUCAUUGAUACCUAACUAGAAUAUUGAGCUCAUACCUCUACAGCAAAGGGAAACCUAUUUCAUCGUACACCUUUUAGGUCCAGAACUCCCCAUGACAAGGGAGCCUUGAAGCUUAGGAAUAAAAUACAAAAUUAAAAAAAA